AUGGACGGAAAAUACCUAACUGUCCCUUUGACACUGCACCUGACGACCUUCUUCAUCGUCAACAUCCCAGUCGCCCUCCUCCGCCUCCGCGCGACUCUCUUACAGGAAACCUCGACAGCAGGACUCACCCUCAUCACCCCUUACUUUAUCGACAACCUUCUCUUGGUUCUCAUCUCGCUCUCCUACAAAGCCGCCCCACCCGUACUCGCCCAGCCUGCCAUCACCAAGGAAGGAGCAUGGUACCCUUGCCCAGAACAGUACGCCUCCUGGAUUGAACGCGCCUUCUUCACCUGGGGUGGAAAUCUCAUGCUCCGCGAAACGAUCCAGUACACCGGCUCCUUACACCCCAGUCGAAUCCUCCAUCGCAAAGCCCUCGAUAGGAUCCUUCACUCGCCGAUCCGGCUCUUCGACACCGCUCCUCUGGGCCGCAUCAUCAACCACUUCACCCGCGAUAUGGACACAGUCGACCAACAGGUCACCAACGUCUCUGCUAACAUAAUGGUCGACUUCUUGGGCAACCCCACUGUCACUGGUGUGAUCGCCUAUGUGAACUCACAGUUCCUGGUUCCCGAUCUGGUCAUCUCGGCGCUGUUUGUGGUCAUUGCCAUGUUCUACACUCGCACCUCCCACGAGCUCAAUCGACACGAGAUCACGACCAACUCGCCCGUUUUUUUGCAUUUCGCCGAGGACUUGAAUGGAGUCACGACGAUCCGCGCCUUUGGGUUCGAGAAGCGGUUUAAUACCUACUAUCAGGAGCUGUUGGACGAACACAACCGGCCUUAG